AUGUCUUCAGAAUCCAGUACCGAAAAGCCUGUUGCUCUAGGAGCAGAAGCAGGAGCAGAGCAUCCGCAUGGAGAGAAUGGGUUAUUUGAACACAGUUCGAGCUCGAGUUUUAACGAAAAAAGAAGAGCGUCGGAGUUGGAAAGCAUUCACUCCAAAAUCGCAGAACCGGGUCAAGGUGAGAAAGGAAAUAUUUUGUCGCAGUAUUCCGAGAAGCAAGUGAUGCAAAUGGGUAGAAACUAUGCUCUAAAGCACGACAUGGAUGCCGAUUUGUUUGCUCGUGCUGCAGCUUUAGCAAGAACCCCAGAUGAUUUCAACGCUAUGCCUUUCCUUUCGGUGGAAGAAAAGCAAGCUUUGCACAAGGAACACACCAAGAAAUGGCACAUCCCAGCUAAAUUGGUUCAAGUUAUCGCAUUAGGUUCCAUGGCUGCCGCAGUACAGGGUAUGGACGAAUCUGUUAUUAACGGUGCCCUUUUAUUCUACCCUAAUUAUAUGGGAGUCGGAAAAGGCGAAUAUAACCGUUAUGGGUAUGAUACGGAUUUAAUCGAGGGAUUAAUCAAUGGUGCACCCUAUUUAUGUGCUUCUUGUCUUGCCUGUUGGAUGGCAGAUGCGUGGAAUAGAAGGUUGGGCCGUAAAUGGACCAUUUUCUGGACCUGUGUCAUUUCUGCUCUAACUUGCUUCUGGCAAGGGUUCGCCAAUACAUGGUACCAUCUUUUUAUUGCCAGAUUCAUGUUAGGAUUUGGUAUCGGUAUUAAGUCAGCAACUGUGCCUGCGUACGCCGCUGAAUGUACACCUAAGCAAAUUAGAGGUGCUUUGGUGAUGUUGUGGCAAUUCUUCACUGCUGUUGGUAUUAUGUUUGGUUAUGUCGCCUGUUUAGCUUUCUAUUAUGUUGGUCCUCAUGGUAUUGAUGGAGGUCUUAACUGGAGAUUGAUGUUAGGUUCCGCGUGUAUUCCAGCUAUUAUUGUUUUAUUCCAAAUUCCAUUUGUUCCUGAAUCUCCUCGUUGGUUAAUGGGUAAGGAUAGACAUAAGGAAUCUUACGAUUCCUUGUGCAAAUUACGUCUUGACAAAAUUGCUGCAGCUAGAGAUACCUUUUAUCAAUAUGUUCUAUUACAAGAAGAAGCAUCUUAUCAAGGUAUUCCAACAUGGAAGCGUCUUGUCGAAAUGUUCACUAUUAGAAGAAAUAGAAACGGUGCUCUUGGCGCGUGGAUUGUUAUGUUUAUGCAACAAUUCUGUGGUAUCAAUGCCAUUGUCUAUUAUAAUUCAACAAUUUUUAUCCAGGGGGGGUUUACCGAAGUUGAUGCUCUUACAGCGUCUUGGGGUUUCGGUAUGGUUAACUUCCUUUUUGCUAUCCCAACGUUCUAUACCAUUGAUACUUUUGGAAGACGUAAUUUGUUGUUAUUCACUUUCCCAUUGAUGGGUCUUGCGUUAAUCUGGACUGGUUUAGGUUUCAUUGCUAAUGAUCAUUCUACAGCUCAAACGGGUAUCGUGGCAAGUGGUGUGUAUGUUUUCUCUGCCAUUUAUUCUGCCGGUGAAGGUCCAGUUCCAUUUACCUACUCUGCUGAAGCUUUCCCAUUGUAUAUCCGUGAUCUUGGUAUGGGUUUUGCUACUGCCACAUGUUGGUUUUUCAAUUUCAUUUUAGCCUUCACCUGGCCAAAGAUCGUUAGUUCUUUUGGUAGAACGGGUGCAUUCAUGUGGUAUGCUGCGUGGAAUUUUGCUGGGUUUUUCAUGGUAUUAUGGUUCUUGCCUGAAACUAAGGGUUUAACUUUAGAAGAAUUGGACGAAGUCUUCUCUGUCAGUACCAGAAAGCAUGCUAUAUAUCAGACCAAAAGUAUCUUGAACAGCUUCCAAAGAGUUUUAUUGCGUCGUCAUAUCGAUCCAUUACCUCCAUUAUAUGAGCACCAAAAGAGAAUGGCUGUUACCAAUCCUGACUGGGACAUUAAAGCCGAAACUGCUCAUAUCGAGUAG